AUGGCUGAACAAAGGCAACGGGCUUUAUCCACAUCAGGAGAAGCAUUAUAUGAAAUUCUGGCUCUGGAGAAGGGGGCAACACAUGAAGAAAUUAAGAAAUCUUACAGAAAAUUGGCUCUGAAAUAUCAUCCUGACAAGAAUCCCGACAAUCCAGAGGCUGCUGAAAAAUUUAAAGAGCUCAACAAUGCUCAUGCGAUACUGACUGACCUGUCCAAGAGAAACAUAUAUGAUAAGUAUGGAUCAUUAGGGCUAUAUGUGGCGGAACAAUUUGGAGAAGAAAAUGUUAAUGCAUACUUCAUGCUUUCAAGCUGGUGGGCAAAGGCCCUGUUUGCAGUUUGUGGCCUCUUGACAGGCUGCUACUUUUGUUGCUGCCUGUGCUGCUGUUUCAAUUGCUGUUGUGGACAGUGUAAACCCAAGCCACCAGGAGGGGAAGAACAUGACUUCUGCAUGUCUCCUGAGGAUUUGGAAGAGCAGAUUAAGACAGACAUGGAACAAGAUGGAGAAACUCUAAUCAUACUUCAGCCGACAAAUGCAAAUGAGAAAACUCAACUAAUCGGAGAUGGCCAUCGCAGCUAUCGCACAGACUCAUAAAGCAAGAGCAAGUACAGUCUGAUUGCAGUUUGCUCUCUAAGUAGGAAUGUCACAAAGAGGGUUCAGAAAAGCUAAUUGAAAAGCAUGGUAAUUUUUUUCCAUAUUUGUAUUUGAUUUUGAAGUUAGGCAAAGAUAACUUGAAUAUAAUUUCCUGUGGAUGCAGACUCUUUUACUCACGGGACCUUCAGAAUGAACAUUCCCAUCCUCUGUGUUCUGCACUGAGAUGCUUACUGUUACCAUACUGUUAUACUGAUUAGCAU